CCAGACGUGCAUGAAAUCGAAGCAUGAAGUUGAUCAUCAGUUAAUUACUUUACUUUGAAUAUCUAAUUAAGAUUCUGGAUACGCAUUACUUCCUGAUUAUGAAUUAUCUGUAGAUUUAUCAUCAUGAAUUAUAGUGACAGACAGGGAUUGACAGAAGAUGCUCCUUUGCAAGGAAGGAUUAAAGGAUUUAGUUUCAAAUGCCAUGAAGACGGUGGACUCAAAAUGACUGUGAUAAGUUUCACAGUAUUAAGUAUUGCCAUCACUAUUGCACUUGGUCUCCAAUUAAUUUACCAAGACAACAUUUUAGUGGAAAGGGGACAUGGUGCUGUAGCUACGGAUUAUAAAGAUUGUUCAGAAAUUGGAACCAAUAUUUUAAGAAAAGGUGGGAACGCAGUGGAUGCAGCAAUAGCAGCAACAGUCUGUAUGACAGUAGUUAGUCCUCAUAAAACUGGUCUUGGUGGAGGUGGUUAUGCGAUGAUAUAUAGUCACAAAGAUCGAACACAACCAUUGAUUAUAGAUUUUGCCAAGAGUACGGUUCAAGGCGCAUUUGGUGCUGUAAAUGUCCGUUUACCAGCCUUGCUACGAGGUUUGGCACGUGCACACGCUUUAAGAGGAAGUCUCCCAUGGGAGCAAUUGAUAUCUCCUUCAGCUAAGCUGGCGCAAGCAGGAUUUAUUGUAACAAAAGAAUUUGCUCAAGAGGUGGACGCGAAUCCGAAUUUUAUCUCGUUGUAUGGUCAACUUGAGCAAGGGCAAAAUUUAACACUGCCAAAACUCUCGGAAACUUUGAACACCGUAGCUUAUCAUGGAGCAGAUGAAAUGUACAAUGGAAAUUUGUCACGAAAAUUCGUUGACGGCUCACUUGAAAUCCAGAAACAGUUAGCUAGAUAUGAGCCAGCAAUAGAACACGCAAAUGUUACCAAUUUUUUUGGACAUUUGGUCUACCAUCGAUCGGAUGCAAGUGCACUUGGCAAUGUGCUGGAGGUAUUGAAUGUACUUCCGAUUUCUCGUGAAAAUUCAUCAACGCUUGAUUCGCAACUUCUUUUUGCCGAAACUUUAAUUAAGAGCAAUCGACAUUCAAAAGCUGAACUGACUGAUACCGAAGAGAGAUUUAGCAGCGUUGUUGUAAUGGAUGGCCUAGACUCAUACGUGGUUAUUAUCACUGGCUUGAGUGCUGUAUUUGGAUUAGGUAGAUUAACGAAUGCUGGAUUUCUGAUGGACACUGCAGAGAGUAACUUAGAAAAACUUACGCCAGUAGUUUUCUCUGAAGCAGCAUCCGUAUGUGGACUGCGUGGAAUUAUUGGCACAGACGAUGUGACGCUCGCAGCUGAACUAUUUUAUAAUUUGAUAAUUCGCAGACUCAAUGUUACUGCGGCUAUCGAAAAUCCUCGAUACUAUUUGAUGUCAGAUGGGAUUUCAAUAGAGAAUAAGUUUCCUCACGUAAUGGAUCACACUCUGCGUGCUCAUCUUAGUUCCAUGCUGAAUCUUUCUGCUCAGGAUGCUGAUCAAUUUAUGAAGAGUUGUAAUGCAAUCAUAAAGAUGAAAGAUACUAUGACUGGCCAUUCUGACAGCCGAGGGGGUGGUGUUGCAUCUAGAUUCCGCUGAUUGAGGGAGAGAUUCUAGAGUACCAGGAAUGCUGCACAGUAUUUUGAAACUUAUCAGUAUCACCAGGAGUCAAAAGCUCGCAUUUUUUACGGUUAUUCAAAACAUUGUUUAACAACAGUAACACACACGCUUUUUUGUUAUCAUGUGUAAAAUCAAAUUCAUGAAAUUGAGGGUUGGUGAAAAGUAAUGGGGUGUUAUUAAUUCAGUGAUAUUUUUAUAUACUGUACAAAGUACAUAAUUUAUUAUUCUAGACAUAGUAUUUCUAUUAGAAACAAAAUGUGUACUUAACUUUUUUGUAUAUUAUACGUUGAUAUAAUCAUGUAGUAAUGAAUAACCCUAAUUAAAACAAUAACAGUUAUUAUCGAA